GCUUAUGCUGCAGCGAUCCAACGCGCGGCGGAAGAACUCAGGAGAUCGAAGCCAACGCAAGCUCUGCGCGCACUUGACUUAGGAAGUGGCUCGGGCUUGCUGGGCUUGCUCUGCUGGCAGACAGGAUACUUUGAGAAGGUGGUCUUCCUGGAAGCGUGCCCCCCACUUGCCGAAGCAGCGCGCGAGAACAUCAGGAGAAACGGCGCGGAGCGAUGCUGUACUGUCUGGGAGGGCCACUCACCGGACAUUCUCCACGACGAUUCGAUUACCAAGGACAUCAGCUUUGACCUAUGUGUUUCCGAGCUGCUGGACGCAGUGCUGAUCGGUGAGGGCGUGUUGCCCUCUCUUCGAGAUGCGGCGGCCGCACGAAGCUUCUCACCAG